AUGGAAAUUCCAGCUGAUUCAUACGUGCGGGUCAUGGAGACUGAAUUUAUUUUCAAAGUUGGAAUGAUAUUUGCAAAUGAAGAAGAAGCAUACAAGGCGUAUAAUGCAUAUGCAUUCAACAAGGGAUUCGGGAUUAGAAAAGAUGAGACAAUAACCUCAUUUAUUUGGGUGUUUGAGACGUUCAUGGAGGUAAUGGGGGGCAAGGCACCCAAAGCAAUUUUCACUGAUCAAGAUAGUGCAAUGGCCAAUGCUAUUGGCAAGGUUUUCCCCAACAGUGUUCAUCGGUUAUGUGUUUGGCAUAUCUCUAAAAAUUCCACCCAACAUAUUUCGCAUCUUCUUUCGGAUUCUCGAUUUAAGGCAAAAUUCAAUAAAAUUUUGUAUGAAGUUGAAAUGGAGAAUGAGAUGGAGCAGCUUUGGAGAGAUCUAUGUGAAGAAUGGAAUGUUGGGGAAAAUAAGUGGUUGUGUAAUUUGUACUCGAUGCGUCAUAAAUGGUGCCCCGCAUUUAACAGUGCUAGUUUUUCGGCCGGCAUAAGAUCUACACAGAGAAGUGAAAGCACGAAUAAUGUUUUCAAACAUUUGCCUUGUAAGACAAUGACAUUAACCGAGUUUGUUAAUCAUUAUGAGAAGCAAGCAGAAAAGAUGCGUGAUAAUCAAGUGGCUGAUGAUUUUGAAUGUACUCGAGGGGUGCCAAGAAUCGGUGUGGAUUGUGGUAUUUUGAGGCAAGCGGCACAAGUGUAUACUUUGAAGAUAUUCAUAAAAUUUCAAGUUGAGUAUUUUCAAGGAUUGUCAUGGCAUGUGACAAGUUGUAAGCAUGAAAGCGGAGUUUACACUUACACCUUGAGGAGGGAAUUAGGUCAUGCAGAACAUUCUGUAAGUUUUGAUUCAAAUAAUGUUAUCAUCUCAUGCACAUGCAGGUUAUUUGAUUUAUUGGGAUGGUUGUGUUGCCAUGCAUUGACGGUAAUGAAUAAUCAUUUGAAUAUGACUGCUAUUCCUAUGCAAUACAUACUAAAGAGGUGGACAAAAAGUGCAAGACGAGAAGUUCAUCGUAACGAUGGUGGUUCAUGCUCCUUCGAUUUGACAAUGUCAAGAACUUUUCAUCUGAAGGAGUUGAUGCGUCAAUCUUUUGACGUUAUGAGCUUAAGUGUACAGGAUGUUGAAACCGUAAAAAUUGCAAAAAUAAACUCCAUGAGCUUGAUAUUGAGAUUAGAAAUUAUGUCUCCUCGGUUUGUAAGAGCACAAACAACACCAUUAGAAAUCAGGAUAAUGAUGUCCCUCGACAUGCUUCAACUCAGAUUCUUGAUUCUUAAGGAGAAAGUCGAAGGGAGUGACAAAUUCUCGAAUGAAAAGUGCUAUAGAGAAGCGAAGGAAGAGCAAUUCUUUGAAAGGAAGAAAACAUUUGCAGCCAGUUCAUGGCGUGACUCCCAUAGAGCAAACACCGAUGGCAUAUCAUCUGAUAUGAUGCCAAUUCAACAUGCUCAUGGAAAGCCUUUCUCAUUUACUUCAUUGCUGACUCAGGGUUAUCAAGGUGAUUCAAGUGCAUCUCAAAUCAUGUUUCCAAAGUGA